AUGAAGUGUUGUGGAACAAGCAAUAAAUUACAUAUAAAAGAAUGUGAAUUUUUAAAUGGAGUUGAUGAAAAUGAAGAAUUUUUAAAUAUAAUCCAAGAAUGUAAAAAUGAUGAAGGUUUAAUUGAUCCUGAUAUUUUAAUUAAAAAAAUGGAAAAUUCUUCAAAUGAACAUAUAAAACAUAAUGUUGAUGCUGUACGAAAAAAAUUAAAAAAUUUAUUACCAAAUGAUAAAAAUGAUCAAAAACAUGUUUUAGAAGAAAGUUUACUUAUUAAUACACUUAAAGGUGGUAUGCAAGAGGCUAUUGAUAAAGUUAAAUCAUCAAGAAAUAGUAUUAAAAAAUAA